ACCCUACAAGUCUCCGCGCCUCUAGAACCUCUCUCUCUCUCUCUCCUCCUCUCUCUCUCUCUCUUGCUCGCUCGCGUUGAUUUUACGCCCCACUUUCACCUACCCAUAUAUAAAUCGGCUCCCAUCUCUCUCUCUCUCUCUCUCCUAAAUUCGAAUUCGGAUCCAUCACGGCUUUGCGCUCCAAACCCUACUUCUCUCUCUUUCUCUCUCUUCAGGAGCUUUGCGGAACACACGUCGAUAGAAGAAGAUAAACAAUGAGGAGGAAAGUCGCUAAGAGGAAGGAGAACAAGGAGGAAUCGAGUCCUGCCAAGGAGUCGAAGAAGACGACCACUCGCGCUAAGAGAGUCAAGGCCUCUAAGCCUCAAUCCGAUCCAGAAUAUUUCGAGGAUAAACGCAAUUUGGAGGAUCUAUGGAAGGCUGCAUUCCCUGUGGGAACGGAGUGGGAUCAAUUGGACGUGCUUUACCAGUUUAAGUGGGACUUUUCAAAUCUGGAGAAUGCUUUUGAGGAGGGUGGGAAGCUAUAUGGGAAGAAAGUUUUUCUCUUUGGUUGCACUGAGCCUCAAUUGGUCUCUGUCAAGGGGGUGAACAAAAUUGUCUGCAUACCUGUAGUGGUGGCUGUUGUAUCACCUUUUCCACCCUCUGAUAAAAUUGGGAUUAACUCAGUUCAGAGAGAGGCUGAAGAAAUUAUUCCAAUGAAACAAAUGAAAAUGGACUGGGUACCAUACAUUCCUCUUGAAAAUAGAGAAAGUCAAGUUGAUAAACUAAAGUCUCAAAUAUUUAUCUUGAGCUGUACUCAAAGAAGGGCUGCUUUGAAACACUUGAAGAUAGACCGUUUAAAGAAAUUUGAGUACUGCCUGCCUUAUUUCUACCAACCAUUGAAGGAAGAUGAGAUUGAGCAGAGCACUGAGGUUCAAAUAAUAUUUCCUGCAGAACCAAAGCCGGUGUUCUGUGAAUUUGAUUGGGAGUUGGACGAACUAGAGGAGUUCACAGAUAAACUGAUCCAAGAGGAGGAACUGUCCGAAGAUCAAAAGGAUGCUUUCAAGGAAUUUGUCAAGGAGAAAGUUCGAGAAGCAAAGAAAGCAAAUAGACAGGCAAGGGAAGCUCGGAAAAAAGCACUUGAAGAAAUGAGUGAAGAAACUAAAGCAGCAUUUGAGAAUAUGAAGUUCUACAAGUUCUACCCUGUGGAAACACCUGAUACUCCUGACAUAUCAAAUGUUAAGGCUCCAUUCAUCAACAGAUACUAUGGAAAGGCUCAUGAGAUUCUGUGAUUGGUUGCAUCAAGGUUCAUGAGCAUGGGAGCCUUUUAUGGCUGCCAAUUUACUAAGAAUUUCGGAGAUUGAAGUUUGGGAGGCAGCCCCUGGUGCCUCAACCCAGCUCUAAUUCAUCACUCUUUUUGACGUCUCCAGGCCAAUUGUAAACUUGUAGCUGAGAGUUUUUAGUUGAAAAGGAAACAAGUGUUUUUACUAUUAGGGGAACUGUAAGAUACGUUCUCUGAGGCCCUCUUUUUUUUUUUUUUUAAAUUUUGUUUUGAGUGACUUGUUGAACUUGAGUAGCAGUUUUCGUGGCCCAAGUUCUUCCCAGUCUCUUUUAGCCCCUGCUAGAACUGGACAUUCAUUUUGUAUGAAGCAAUAUCAGAAGGAUACCACUUUCUCUA